UCUGGAUCAUCUUGGCUCACAAGAGGAUGCGGACAGUGACUAAUUAUUUCCUGGUCAACCUCGCCUUCUCGGACGCCUCUGUGGCCGCCUUCAACACCUUGGUCAAUUUCAUUUACGCCGUUCACAACGACUGGUAUUUCGGAGAGACAUACUGCCGCUUCCACAACUUCUUUCCCAUCGCCGCCAUGUUCGCCAGCAUCUAUUCCAUGACAGCAAUUGCUGUGGACAGGUACAUGGCCAUUAUACAUCCUCUACAACCAAGAAUGUCAGCAACAGUAACGAAAGUCAUCAUUGCAAGCAUCUGGAGCUUGGCCACCAUUCUUGCAUUCCCUCUGUGCUAUUACUCCAAAAUCAAGCAGCAUCCAGGACGUGUUCUUUGUCAACUGAGUUGGCCAGGGGAUUUCAUAUACCAAAUUGCUUUGUUGAUCCUGGGAUAUGUGCUGCCUUUGGUUGUGAUGGGUAUCACAUAUGCCAUCAUUGGAAUCACGCUGUGGGGCGGGGAAAUUCCCGGUGAUACAUCAGAAAGCUACCAUGAUCAGCUCAAAGCUAAGCGAAAGGUUGUUAAAAUGAUGAUUGUGGUAGUUUUCACCUUCACCAUUUGCUGGCUUCCCUACCACACCUUCUUUCUUGUCACCAAACAGUACCCAAAUGUGAGUAGAUGGAAGCCCAUACAGCAAGUUUACUUGGCCGUGUUCUUACUGGCAAUGAGUUCCAACAUGCACAACCCUAUCAUAUACUGCUGCCUCAACAGCAGAUUUCGAGCAGGGUUCAAAAAAGCUUUCCAGUGGUGCCCUUUCAUUCAAUUUUCCAACUAUGAUGAACUUGAACUUCAAUUGAACAGGUUUCACCCCACCCGACAGAACAGUGCUUACACAGUCACCCGCAUGGAAUCUAACAUGACAGUGGAGUUUGACACAUCUGAAAGUGAUGGUGCUGAGGCAUACAGGAAAAAGGAUUUACGAAACAUGAAUUUCAAUGGACACUCUCGAAGAAAUUCCAAAAACACUUCCAGAAGUUUGAGCUCCUUCAUCCAGAUGAACACGUCUUUGGAUGAAUGCUCAUAG